AUGUCCCUCAAUAACCAUUUGUUUGUUAGACAUGAGAAUCGAUUACGUUAUUUGAACAGUAUAUUAGGCAAUGACAGAGAAUGUGUCAGUGAACUAAGAAUGGAUGUAAAGACGUUUGGUUUAUUAUGUGAUUUGCUUCGCACAGAUGGAAAGUUAAAGAAUGACGGUUUGGUGACUGUGGAGGAGCAAGUAUGUUGGGAAGGAUUCGCGUUCAACUCUAGAGUCCUUCGAGAUGCUAGGCCUACAGGAUUAAGUGUUCCUACCGGUUAUUAUUACCUUGUAGAUGGUGGGUACACAAAUAAUGAGGGAUUUCUUGCACCAUAUAGAGGAACAAGGUAUCAUCUAUCGGAAUGGAGAGAAGGAAAUACACGUGUAAAUCAUCAAGAAUAUUUUAAUAUGAAGCAUGCUAAAGCAAGAAACGUAAUAGAACGUUGUUUUGGGUUGCUAAAAGCUAGAUGGGGCAUACUUAGAGGUGUCAAAUGGGCAGUGCCGGGCCGCUCCGGCCCAUUUAAACUCGUGCCUUUAAUGUAUUUGUGCCGUGCUGUGCCGGCCGAUUUAAUUUAUCGGGCCGUGCCGUGCUGGCCCAUUUAG